CAGGGGUGAUAACCAGAGAGUGGUAAAGAAGUCCAAGUUAUUGAUUACUCAGCAGUACGUUUCUCCCAACGAAAUGGCUGGCCAAUCUGAUAGUUGGAGAACCUGUCCUCUAAAAGAAGUUCCUAAAGAACUGUGUUUCAACAUAGAAGAGCCAGAUCCAAAUUACGAAAUCUUAAAGAUAAAGAUAAAAGUGGAAGGUGCCACUGGCGAUGUUUUCUAUCAGGAGAUUUCAGACAAGAAUAAAAAAGAUCAGUUAAACGGCUCAGUGUUGCUGCUGCAUGGAAAGAGAUUUACAUCACAGAACUGGUUUGAUAUUGGUACGCUUCAGCAUAUGAUCAGAUUUGGUUAUAGAGCAGUGGCAGUUGAUUUACCAGGUUAUGGUUUAUCAAAAGAUGUUGAACUGACAGUUGAUAAAGGAGAAUUCUUGCUGAAUAUUAUCAAGGCUUUGAAGCUAGAGCAUUCUGUGAUUGUGUCGCCAUCGAUGAGUGGUACUUUUGCCUUGCCAUUGCUGAUGAAGCACCCAGAAGUAUUCCGUGGAUAUGUACCAGUUGCUCCUGUUGAAACGGAGUUGUACAGUGCUGACCAAUAUGGCAAAAUCCAGGUUCCAACCUUUAUUGUUUAUGGAGAGCAUGACACAGAUUUUGGUCAGAAAUCUAUGAACAACCUCAAGAAUCUACCAAAUAGUCGAAUAUAUGUUAUAGAGGGCGCUGGUCAUCCUGCUUGGCUUGAUCAGCCAAUAACGUGGCAUAAUUUGAUGUAUAACUUCCUCGUGCACAUUCCCAAAUAAAUGAAAUAUAAUGAUUUUUUUAUCUCGUUUAAUUUUCAGUAGAAACAUUAGAUUUUUUGUAAAAUAAACUUUCCACUCAAAGCCAAUCUGGUACAUUAUAAA